UCUCUCUCUCUGAGCUGAGCUGUGGUGGCUCAGUGUCUAUCCUUGCGUGUCUCUAGUCGGUGGGAAUGAUGAGGACAGACGUGGUUCUUCACAGAAGGAAGCGCAGAGACGUUCUGCUGUACAUCAUCGCUGUAGUUUUGCUGAUAUUCGCCGUGGUUCAUCUCGUCUUCUACGUUGGGAAGAGUUUUCAGGAUUCGGCUGAAGUGAGAGUCCGGAGAGACCUCGAAAAUGCGUCUGAAUGCAUCCCGCCGCAGUCGUCUGAAUUUCCUGAAGGAUUCUUCACGGUUCAGGAGAGGAAGGAUGGAGGGAUUCUGAUUUAUUUCAUGAUCAUUUUCUACAUGCUUCUGUCCGUGUCGAUUGUGUGUGAUGAUUACUUCCUGCCAUCUCUGGAGCUCAUCAGCGAGCGUCUCGGUCUUUCGCAGGACGUCGCUGGAGCUACUUUCAUGGCGGCUGGGAGCUCGGCACCGGAACUCGUCACGGCGUUUCUGGGUGUGUUCGUGACGAAGGGAGACAUCGGUGUGAGCACCAUCAUGGGCUCGGCCGUCUAUAACCUGCUGUGCAUCUGUGCGGCGUGUGGCCUGCUGACCUCUGCUGUGGGUCGUCUCUCCUGCUGGCCGUUGUUCAGGGAUUGUGUGGCGUACGCCAUCAGCGUCUCUGCAGUCAUCGCCAUCAUCUCAGAUAACAGAGUUCACUGGUAUGACAGCGCAUGUCUUCUGCUGGUGUAUGGCGUGUACGUGUGUGUGCUGUGUUUCGAUCUGAAGAUCAGCGAGUACGUGAUGCAGCGCUUCAGCCCGUGCUGCUUGUGUCUGAAUAAGAACUCGCGGGAGCCAGACGAACAGCAGCCGCUGAUGGGAUGGAGUGAUGACAGCAGCCUCCGCCUUCACCGUCGCUCCCGAGCCGACAGCGGCAUCUUCCAGGACGACUCCGGAUAUUCCCACCUCUCUCUCAGCCUGCACGGACUGAACGAGAUAACCGAUGAGCAGAAGAGUGUGUUCACGAUGCCGGAACACGAUCUGAAGCGGAUCCUGUGGGUUCUGUCGCUGCCUGUCAUUGUGCUGCUGUUCCUGACCGUUCCUGACUGCAGGAGACGCUUCUGGAGGAAGUGCUACAUGAUCACCUUCCUGAUGUCGGCUGUCUGGAUCUCUGCAUUCACAUACGUGCUGGUGUGGAUGGUCACCGUCGUCGGCGAGACGCUGGGAAUCCCGGACACAGUGAUGGGAAUGACGCUCCUGGCGGCGGGAACCAGCAUCCCGGACACCGUGGCCAGUGUGAUGGUCGCUCGAGAAGGUAAAGCUGACAUGGCCAUGUCCAACAUCGUGGGCUCAAACGUCUUCGACAUGCUGUGUCUGGGUCUGCCGUGGUUCAUCAAGACGGUGUUUGUGGACACGGGGUCACCGGUGGAGGUCAACAGCAGCGGUCUGGUCUUCAUGUCCGCCACGCUGCUGCUCUCCAUCGUCUUCCUCUUCGUGGCCGUUCACAUCAACGGCUGGAAGCUGGACUGGAAGCUGGGUGUGGUGUCUCUGGUGUGUUACGUGCUCUUCGCCACGCUGUCCAUCCUCUACGAGCUCGGGAUCAUCGGGAACAAUCCCAUCCGCUCCUGCAGUGACUGACGGGAACGCCUCGCUCCAUCAGGACAACGAUCAUGUGAGGACACUUCAUGGAGUUUUUCUUCACUGCCUCGUCCUCAUUCACAUCAGACAGUGGUGCAUGAAGUGAUUCUGUUACAAGGGAUGCUUUUGACCUCACAGUACAAAUUAUAUAGAUUCACAUAAAACAUCCUUUUAUGCUUUUUAAAAGUCUUUAAAAGUAAUGUAUUGCUUUUUUUUUUUUUUUGCUUCGUCAGAAUAGAAAGUCAUUUGAUUAUUUAUUUAUUUUGUCGCAUUAGAUAUAUGAACACAAACAAAUCACGGCUUCAUAAAGAAAGACUACAGGAUUCAGAUGUUAAAGGGU